UUUUUUUUUGGCGGCCUGUUUGACACCUGGGCUACCUUUUCGUGCAUCUACAUAUUGCAUCUAAUACAUCAUGUUUUCAUUCUUAAUUUUAAUAAAAUGUGAUCACGAAUCGUAUAAAAUACAGUAGUUCAUCCACUAAACAUUUAAAACCAUAUGACUUUCAUGCAUCUAAUAAAACUAAGACCUUAUUGAUUGUAUAACAGUUAAAUGCCGUCCGAAAUACUUAUCCAAGUUUAAAUACGUCUUCAUCUCAAACAUUUAUGUUACUCCUGGCUGUUCUGCCUCGGAUCUAUCGGAUUUUGCUGACGAAUCCACUGAAUUCGCCGUUACACAUCUUGAAAACUCUUUAUCAGUUGUCACUGGAGAUUUCAAUUGCUGUGAUUGUUCUUUCCUUGUAUCAUUAGGUCAUGUCAAUAUUGUUAAAUUUCCUACUCGACUUGAUAAACUCUGGAUCUAGUGUUUAAUAAUGAUGAGGAAAUAUAUGAAUCACGGAGACGAGCUCCUAUAAUGAACUCGGGUCAUUGUAUUAUCCGGAUAUUACCUAAGAUAUACAGCAGAUCUCACUUUAAUAUCUUCUCAAAUCUGUCCAGGGAAACACAGCAAAGGUGUUACUCACAGGAAAAUAUACUCAAACGAAGAUGUAUGCUAAAUGACACAAACUGGGAACUUUUCAACGAACACACACUGGAUGAUACUAUUUCCAAUUUGACUGACUAUCCUAAAUUCUGCCUUGAUAUAUGCUGUCCAAAACAGAUACUCUCCAAAAGAAUGAACUGUUUCACUUCCCCUCAUCUCAAAAAGCUUCGAAGAGAAAAAGAGAAACUGUACAAGACAAAGAAUAAAUCUGGUCUUAGGAAGAUAAACAUCCAAAUUAAAUCUGAAAUCAAGAGACUAAACAAUAUUUAUGAUCAAACAAUACUCUCGUGUAAAUCUUCAGAAAACAUAUGGAAGCUUUUCAGAGAAAUUAUAGGUAGUGGCCAACGGGCACUGGACAAGCAGCAAACAAAGCACGAGAUCCAACGAACGACAUCAAGGAAGCGAUGUACAGACAGACCAGUAGGCACUCCACAAAGCCGCUCGGAAGAGUUUUUUUCACCCUUAAGGGAACCACCGAGGUUUUUACUUCCGGUUGGUUCUGUCUUAGGGGGAGUGAGCUGUAGCGGUAAAUACUUCCCCAAAAUUAUUGACCACACCCAUCAUCACUGAACAUUGGAUGCUGACCCUUAUUGAUUAAGUCGACUUGUUUAGCUGAAAGCUUCCGGUCAAGCAUCCUCGCCAUUUGGUACUCCAUCGUGUCACGUUCGUGCAGGAUCACUAGCCAGCUUAGCUUCCGCUUCAG